AUGUGGAACCGGGGAUACACCAUGCGCGCUGCCCAGAUUCAGCUGAGACCUGCGAAUGUGGACGGUGACGCCUACGUGGCGGCCUUUGCGCAGACGCAGCUGCGGCGGCCAGGUCCGGCGGCUGCAGCCAUGGACCGAACAGGCAGACCACAGUUUUACAUUCGCCCGGGCUUGGUCGACAUGGCCGCGCUGAACAAGCUCGAGCAGCAAAAGAUGGACCUCCGCUUCCGCCGCGAGCGCCUCGAUGAGCAGCGAAGACAGCGGUACCCAAUCCCAUCGCAGGUCGAGUACACAGACAUGAUGAAUUCGCAAGUGCAAGGUUUCUGGCGCCUUCAGAACCAGAUCAUAACAACGCAGAUCAUGGAGUUCAGCCCGUCCUUUUUGGCGGCAACCUUGAUUACCUAG